CCCUUUUUUUGGGGGGGAGGGGGUCCGGUUUCACGACAAAGCUUUUUUUUUUUUUUUUUUUUUUUAAAUAUCCGAUUCACGAUCGCCUCUCUGCUCGAAGUGAAAUGGGAUAACAUGGAAUUGUUCACGUCGACCAAGAUCGGGGAAAUCCUCGGCGUUGCCUUAGUAGUCCUGUCCAUGUCCGUGCUGGUAGAGUCGGCAGACGUGAAGUGUGAGCAUGUUUACAAAGACUUCUCAAAAUGUGUCCUGGAGCUGGGGGAGAGCAUGGACAACUAUCAGGAGAACGUGACCAGCGAGAGAGGAGUGGAGGCCGUGUGCAGCCACUGGGAAGCUUUCCACACGUGCGCCCUGACGGCUCUGUCCGACUGCCAGCAGGAGGUCAGCUCCAUCUGGGAGACUCUGAGGCAGGACUCCAGAAAGAUGCGCUUCCAGGGAAGCUUGUUUGACCUUUGUAGCCCUAGCUCAUCUCCGAGCACGAGUUCACCUGUUGUGGUGCUGACCCUGCCCCUCACGGUCAUGUUGCUCACCACCGGACCCAGAUGGUCCUGCCGCUGAGUCGGGGGGUGGAAGGAGAUGGGAAGAGUGAGAUCGGUCUUGGGUGCCACCAGGCUCAGUCUUCUCAAGCACAACCUAAAGCCAAGGAGUACAACAAGUAUUAUUUUGACACUAGUAUCUGUAGAUAGUCAAACAAUCUUGGAAAGCAAAAACAUUUGCUCAGUGUGUCGUCAAAAGAUUUAGCGGUCUCAAUAAUGAGGUAAUUUUAAAGCAAUG